AUGCCAGACAAAAGCUCAAGAACGAGACACCCGCGGUCGGGAUCGAAAUCAGGCUCGAACUCGUCAAGCGGCAGACGACCUUCGCUGCCGCGGGUAAAAUCGUCGCCAAGACUGAUGAGAACGAUCAGUACAGAAUUGGAGGCGGUAGCACACGAUAUGAAGCACUUCAAGCUGGAUGGUGAGCCCGUGUCUUCGUCGUCGCAAUCGCUGGAGGUUCCGUUUGUGAAGGGCACCCUAAACGCCAGUCUGCCACUAGAGUAUUUGCGAGCAGAUGUGUUGAACUUGGCGCAAGCGUUGAAAGUGUCAAAAUGGUACAAUAAGAAGGCCAGUACUACGCAUUUGAUCCCUCGUCGCGUGGAGCUCACCAAGAUCACAGGCGCUCUUACCAAUGCGAUUUUCCGCGUGCAGUACGAUGGAUUGCCCUCGCUUCUCCUGCGUGUGUAUGGACCACAGGUCGACAGCAUCAUCGACAGGGACUACGAGCUGCAAGUGCUGGCACGCUUGUCGUCGCACAACGUGGGCCCCAAGUUGUACGGGUGCUUUACGAACGGCCGUUUCGAGCAGUUCUUGGAGAACUCCAAAACUCUGACCAAAGACGACAUCAGAGACUGGAAAACUGCGCAAAGAAUCGCACGCAGAAUGAAAGAGCUGCACUCAGGAGUCCCACUUUUGCCCUUUGAAAUAGCUCGCGGUCCCAGUUCCUGGCUGCGGCUGGACAAGUGGGUCAAAGUCAUCAACGAAUCGGCCUGGUCUCGCAAUGAUGCCAACAUUCAAAAAGUUCUGACAUGCCAAAACUGGCCGUUUUUUCUGGAGGCAAUGGCCAGAUACCGACAAUGGCUCGAAGACACCUACAAAGAUCCUCACCGUGGGUUGGUGUUUUGCCACAACGAUGCACAGUACGGUAACUUACUUUUCACAUCACCUGUGGCCCCCGUGCCACCCACACCUGCUACUUCAGUCGACUCAUUCGACACCUCGGACUCGCUAUUCCCCACCACGUCCAAUGUGUCUGUCGAGCAAAUCAUAAAACCUUCCGCACAGGAACAAAUGCAAGACUCAAAACUGGUGGUAAUCGAUUUCGAGUACUCAGGUGCUAAUAGACCCGCGUUUGAUUUAGCCAAUCAUUUCAGCGAAUGGAUGUGCGAUUACAACUGCGCUGAAGCCUACAAAUCCGACGAGACAAAAUACCCAACCAAAGAAGAACUGUUGAACUUUUUGUAUUCCUACGCAUCCCAUCGUCGGGGUUCCAAGGAUCAAAGCAUUGAAGAGGAAGUUAGGGAGUUGUACAAUGAUGUCAUAAGACAACGCGCGUGUGUUUCUCUUCAUUGGGCUACGUGGGCCAUUAUUCAAAGUGGUGAAUUGAGUGACUCGCCAGUCGAGAAGGUCGUAGAGGAAGGUCCCGGUGGUGAAAAAUAUGUCAUCACCAUCAGCGAUGACGAGGGGGAGGCCAUUAUAGAUACGGAAGAACUUGCUGAAGGUGUCGACAUCGAUACGUUUGACAAUCUCAACUUUGCCAAGGGUAAAAUGGCACUUUUCUGGGGCGACAUGCUUCAAUUGGGUCUUCUCAAGAAGGAAGAGCUUCCUGACUUCGUUAGCAUUAAAUCUUUAGGUACAAAAUUUCUGUAA